AUGAAGAGUGCGUCGGCCAUUGUGGCGGAGGCCGUGACCGGGUCACACGUGCUCAACAUCGAGGGGUACUCCCGGACCAAGGGACUCGGCGGUGGCGAGUUCAUCCAAUCCAGCACAUUCGAUGUGGGAGGCCAUCGGUGGUUUAUCAGAUACUACCCGGAUGGUUACGGCUCGGAUAACGCUGGCUGGAUAUCGUUCUAUCUGCAACUCCAACAUUCAGAUGCUACCAGCGUGAAGGCAAGCUUAAAAUUAAGUCUACUCGACGAGAUGGGAGAACCAGUCCCAUCGCAUUGCACUAAUUGGGGCGCUAUAGCCACGCUCUCGACACGCCAACAAUGGGGAUGUAAAAGGUUCAUCGAGAAGAAGACUCUAGAGGAAUCAGCUUAUCUGAAAGAUAACUGUUUUGCAAUCAGGUUCGAUAUCAUCGUCUCCAAGGAGUUCCGAGCAGAGGACACCACACAGUUCGUCGCCGUGCCGCCGUCGGACCUGCACCAGCACCUCGGCCGUCUCCUCUCGUCCGGCGCAGAAUCCGACGUCACGUUCCGGGUCGGCGGGGAGACCUUCGACGCGCACCGGCUCGUGCUCGCCGCCCGGUCCCCGGUGUUCACGGCGGAGCUCUUCGGCCCGAUGAGGGAGGAGCGCACGACGGGCCGCCCCAUCCAGAUCGACGACAUGGAGCCAGGGGUGUUCGGCGCCAUGCUCCACUACAUCUACACCGACUCGCUGCCGGAGGCGGCGGACACUGGCGACGCGGCAGUCAUGGCGCAGCAUGUGCUCGUCGCGGCGGACAGGUACGGCCUGGAGAGGCUGAAGCUCAUCUGCGAGGACAAGCUCUGCAGCUACAUCAGCACUGAUACGGCGGCGACUACGCUGGCCCUUGCCGAGCAGCAUGGCUGCAGAGGGCUCAAGAAAGCGUGCUUCAGUUUUCUCAGGUCUCCGGGCAAUCUGAAGGCGAUCAUCGGUAGCGAUGGGUUUCAGCAUCUGACGAGCAGCUGCCCGUCUCUUCUCAACGAGCUGCUCGCCAACGUUGCUCCGUGAGCUCUACAUAUUCUCUAAGCAUCC